GGACUCGUAUACUUUGCAAUCGAACCAAACAACGUUCACCUUCGUCGCUGACUUGAAACGUACCGCAGAUUUUAGUUUAUCCACCAUGGCCAAGUCGAAGAACCACACAAACCACAACCAGUCGAGCAAGAACCACCGCAAUGGGAUCAAGGGCCCCAUGCCCUUGUUUCUCCAUAACUCCAAGCGUGGUAGCUGGCUCCCUGCGCUGGUGAACGCCCGCCGCGUCCGCAAGCACAACCAGAAGGCCGCCAUCCAGAAGCGUCGCGAGCGCAUCGCCGCCUUUGCCGCCAAGAACUAA